ACAUAGCAGUAAGUGCAGAAAAUACAGGGGAAGAGGAAGUUGGCUCCGAUAAAGAAAGGAAUAAGAACUGGGAUUAUGGUGACAAGUCCAUGGACACUGAACACAAUCAAAAUGACUCUGCCUCACGGAAAAGAAAAGAAGCAGCUGGGGAAAGAGAUGCAACAAAAACUAGUGAUGACAAAAGCGAGAGUACGUCAAAGAAGACUAAGGAGUCAGAACCAAUGACAGACAAUGAGGAAGAUAAAAGAAGAAAGACUGAGUAUUUGAAAGAAGAUGUCAGCCCUUUACUUAAGCCACUGGCAAAGAAAGUGCAGAAACGAUUUACAGUCCCAAGAUUUGCAUCCAAAGACGAUUCCAGAAGAAGGGUUGCACCAGUGUAUUGUGCUUCUAAUGAAGAAUCUGAGAUGCCUCAAAGAAGAAUUGUAUCGAGAAAAAUCAACCAGGAGCAAAUUAAGAUCGAUCGCAAGCUAGCUUGGGAGCGGGUUAAUGAGCUGCUUGGUGGCAAUGAUGAUGAUGAUGAAGAUGAAGUGAAAGAAAAAGAAAAAUCAGAUACGACAACAGUUUCUUCAGCUGAGGCUACUUCCACUUCAGCUUCGUUAUUCAAAGUUCCCACUGCUGGUGUUGUGACAAGGAGAGGAACAAUAACUACCACAACUGCCCAGAGCCUCAUCACCCCAGUCCCUAGUUUGGGAGAUCCUCGAAGGACCACAGGUAAUCAGGGCGUCCCUUCGUCAAGUGUCUCUAGUUCCAAUCCCACAGUGCACAGCAAUGCCAGUGCUACGCAAUCCCAAAGUUCUACACUCCCCGCGUUACCAUCAUCCCAACAGCGGCCAGGAGUUGAUUUGUUUUCCAAAUCGUCGAAAAUCGUUGGACCUUCGACUGCUUUUACAGGUCAAGGACUAAAAAAUCCUUCUACACUACAGGGGAAGACUGGUACCACAAGCUCAUCAAUUGCUGCUGCUCAGUCACAGGCAAACCCAGCGCAAACGUCAACUGUUACAACAGGACAGGUUUCCUCAGGAUUUCAGCUUUCAUCAUCUUCCCCAUUUGGGGCGUCACCCUUUGCUAAGCUAGCAUCAACGAAUCCACCAACUUUGGACACCAAUAUUAUUACUUCCCAAAAAGCAGGUUUCAGUUUCUCUACAGUUCCUUCAUCGAACGUAUCAGGGAUGCCGUUGUCCACUGCUACAACAAAUUCGAACGUGCAAGCAGGAUUCAAUUUUUCAGCUUCUAAUAGUACACAAACUGUUUCUGGUCAGAAAUCAACACAAAAUACCCAGGUCACAACCUCUUUGAAUUCUUCAACUUCUUUCUUUUUAGGAAAAAAUACCUCAAAAACUCGUGAAGCGUUGGCAAAUGGCAAUAUAACUGCUGCAUCUCAAAGUCCUUUUCAAACACUACCUAAGACCACACAGAGUAGCUCUGUUCUAACUGCGAUUCCAUCGACAAAUGUAUUUGGUCAAAGCGCCGUGGCGCCCCAGAAUUCCCUUGCAUCAACAAUCCAAAACAGAGGUACUUUCGGUGUAGGCAACAUGCAGUCUGUAACUGGACAACAAGGUCAAACUUCGUUUGUUUCCUCGUUCAGUGGGAGUGGCUUUGGAGCCAAGCCUUUGCAAAACGCACCUCAAGCUUCAAAUAGCACGAAUUCUAAACAAAGUCCGUUGACCCAAAAUACUUUUGGAGCGCCGUCUAACCAGAAUGCUUCCCAGAGUGCGUUUAGAGCGAAUCCUGCCCAUAGUGCCUUUGGAGCGCCGCAACAAAACCAACACGUGACUCCAAGUGCGUUUGGAGCGCAAAAUGCUAACAGUUCCUUAAACGCAACUCAAAAGACUUCUCAAAGUGGUUUUGGUACUCAGCCUUUGCAAAAUGCUUUUGGUUCACAACAGAAAACGACGCAAAACCUCUUCGGAAACCAGGCCAAUCAAAAUGUAUUUGGACCGAAACCAAAUCAAAGUGGUACCCAAAAUGCUUUUGGCACCCAAUCGACGCAGUUUAGCUUCGGAGGUCAACCAAAUCAAAACACUACCCAAAGUGCUUUCGGGGCAGCUUCUAACCAGAAAUCGUUCACUUUUGCUGCAAAUACGUCGCAAAACGCUUCCAGUUCGCCUUUCGGUGGGUUUGGAGACAAAGCUGGUACCCAGAAUGCCUUUGGAACAGCGCCCUCCCAGAAUGCUGCGGCUUCUUCUGGUGGAUUCAGUUUCAAUUCGAAUGCGACGGCAAAUAACCCAACAUCCGGUGGUUUUAAUUUCAUUGGCGCUGCGAACAAAACAGGAGGAUUCCAAUUUGGGUCUUCAGUGAGUAGCAAUAGCUUCGGGCAGUUUGGGCAAGCUACAGCUCCUUCUGCAGUUCCUGCAACACCUGCGCCUAGUGGGGGUUUUAACUUCGCCCCAGUUGGCACAUCGGCAAGUCCUUUUGCAGCACCUACACCCGCACCAGCCUUUGGGGCGUCAAGCACACCGCAAGGGGGAGGCAGUAAUCUGACAGCAAGAUCAAGGGUUCGCCUAGCGGCCCGGAGACGAGGAAAGAAAUAACUUGCGGAAAAUUGAAAAUUUGGCGCUGUAUCAGAGAUGAUUUUAAGUACAUUCGCAUCACCGCUCAGUGUACACGUUUCGAAGGCAACAGUGACGCACUGAAAUGGUCGGCAAGUCAUGAUUUUUUGCUUGUUUCGUAAACAAGAAAGAUGUCACCGUGCUUCCCAGGCAAAUGUGUAGGAAUCUAGUGGGAGAAGAAGUUGAAUGUACAAAAGUGGUAACGAA